AUGCUCUCAGCGCGGCAAGGCUUGAGUGAACAUGGCCACGAGGCCAACCGCACGACCAAGACGCAGUCGCGUCUGCCUUUUCUACUACUGAGCACCGACCCAAGCAAGGGCUCCGAAGGUGUGAUGGCGGCAGUCGCUGCUGCAGAACCCCACGUGAAGCAAACCGACACGGACCUGGAGAAUCUACAGGUGUCGGCUUGGAGCGCAGACACUAUUGACCCGAGAAUGCUCCACAUGGAUUUCUCAUCCAUACUCUUUGCAGACGAUGACUUGAUGCUCGGUUCAUCUGGUCAAGGAGACAGAUCCCUCGUCGAGCUCUCGGAGAAAUACACCUUUACAGAGCUCAAGCGGUAUGCCACGCGAGCAGCUGACAGUCUCGACCAUUUCCUUCCUGCCUGCCAGGCCGCAAACAUGAUCGUUUCACUACAAUGUAGCAUUGGCGACCCUAACACUCGCAAGCGCAUGGCCUGCCAGCGACAGCCGGCAGUAGUGGACGCGGCGCGCGCCGCCGGCUUUGUGGGAGUGGCGCACAGCCUUUGUGGAGGCACAGAGUGGACCGAUUUCCUCCAUCGCGAGGCUUGUAUCAGGCUUGUGACGAGCGUCUUUACAAACGACGCAUUGCUGACUUGCUUCUUCAACCAUCCUCCCUCCAUGGCGAUCGCUGAGCUCUCCGGAUCGAUGCCCAGCCCGAACGAAGUUUGGCAAGCAAAGUCGGAAGCCGAAUUCUAUACACACAGCCAUCAGCUGGAAGGGUUACAAGGGCAAAAAUCUUUCCGCGAGGCGAUCAAUGCGCUCAUGAGCGAACAAGCAGCGUACGCGGAGGCAGGCUUGGAGAAGCUGAGCCUCAGUCAGCUUCACACCACUGUGCUGGGCUGCCAACAUGUCGUUUUCAACUACAGAGCCUCUAUGCUCCCAAAGUCAGGCUUGGCAACCGUUAUGCGUGCCCUAGAUCGUUGGGCCUUGCUCUGGGCUACCGCCUUGGACCGCAUCGAACCGCAUGACCGCAAAUGGCUCGGGAUCGCCAAGUAUGCCCCCGAGAUCGCCUUCAUAUCUCGAAAGGUGCUCGAGGCUAUCUUGCGGGAGCAGGAGGGCGACUUGCGCUACCUCAGGCUUAUCGCAAACUACGACAGUAGCGCAUUUCAUGAACUUAUUUGCCAUUUCGCAACAGAAGCGGAAGCCUCGGUGUAG